AUGACUGAGCAACACCAACCGCACUUCUAUGCGCGGCUCAAGGCGGCCGAGAACCGCGGUAUCGGCGGCGCCGCUCUAGGCAGCGGUGAAUCCGGGCCCUCGGUCGACGGCGAGGACGACAGGAGAAGACCGUGGAGCCUAGAAAAGACGAACAAGAGGCAGGACUGGUACAACCUCGACAUGAGCGGCCAGGGGCUGCGCGUGCUGGCGCCGCCCCUGUUCGCCUACGAGUUCUUGCAAGAACUCUAUAUCGCGUCCAACCGACUCACCUAUCUCCCCGCCGAGAUUGGCCGCUUGCGUCAUCUGCGGCACCUGGACGCGUCGAACAAUCUCAUUCCUCGGAGCUGCCUCCUGAGAUCGGCAUGUGCACCAACCUGA